AUGACAGCAAAGGGGAUGAAUCUAAGCUAUAUACUACCGAUCAUACAAGAGGGAAAAGUACUUAUAAAAGAGAAAUGGCAAAAGGCAUUUGUGCUCUAUGUGGUAGGCAACACACUGUCAAUUGGAGCUAUUGAAAGAUUUGUAGCAAGCCAGUGGAAUUUUGUGAUGAAACCAAAGGUGUUCUACCACAAUGAAGGGCCUUACAAUAUCUUCAAUCGACCAAUCAUUAUUAACCCAUGGUCUGCUGAGUUUAAUUUCAAAGAGGAAGUACUGAAUGCUGUUCCAAUUUGGGUAAAACUACCGGAUCUACCACUAAAUUGGUGGAGUGUCUCAACCCUAAGUAAAAUCGGAAGUGGCCUCGGAACUCCACUAUAUGCGGAUGCUUGCACGACGAACAUUGAUAGGAUAUCAUAUGCACGAAUAUUGGUUGAAAUGGAUGCAGCAAAACCUUUGCCGGAAGCUAUCAAAAUCGGGGAUCCUAAGGGGAAAAUUAUUGAUCAGAAGAUAGUGUAUGACUGGCGUCGUGUCUAUUGUCAAAAGUGUUGUCAAGUAGGGCACAAUUGCAGCACAUGGAGAGAUACAGGUAUGAAGCAAGCUAGAAAAGAGCAGGUUAACCCAGCACCACCUAGAAAGGAAUGGAAGAUGAAACAAAUUUUGGACCCACCAACCAAUCCCAACAUUGAUGCGCAAGGAAGGGAAAUAACACAACUUAUUGAGCCAGAGAUCACUAGUAAUGACGGUUGGCAGGAAACAAUGAAGAGCUCUGCAAGUAAAGAUGCGACGAGAGUGGGUAUGCACAUGGAUAAGGGACUGGAGACAUCUAAUUCAUUCACACCACUUACACAAGCUGUUACACAGGUUACUCAUAUGGAAAUAAUGCAGGAGAUUGGGGUACAUGGUCAACAAAGUGGAGGAAAAGUAGCGCAACACAAAACUCAAUUUUAA